AGUUGCAUGAAGGUUACUAGCUGCUAUCGCACAGACAUAUAACACCUGUAUAGUUUUGUGAUUAUUAUUUAGGAAAGACAAUAUGUUAUUAAAGUGCAUUCCCUCUGUUUUCAUACUAUGUGUAUAUCUCAUGUUGAAUACAUGUUCGACGUCAAAUGCAAUUACACGAGAAAAACGUUCACCUCAAGGACCUCCUCACAAAAUGAAUGGUAGAGGACCACCAGGUCAUCAACCCGGAGGACCACCAGGUCAUCAACCCGGAGGACCUCCAGGUCAUCAACCUGGAGGACCACCAGGUCAUCAACCUGGUGGACCACCAGGUCAUCAGAAACAAAAAGGAAAAAAGCCAGGAAAAGGAAAUCCUCAUCGAGAUUAUUAUGAUGAAGACACAUUGUCACAAGAAGUUGACACAGAUUUCAAUUAUAAUUUAAACUAUAACAGACCAACGUCAAAUAUGGGUACUAUUUACAAAGGCCCCCAAGAUUUUAUGCAACAAAAUAUUUACAAAACAGAGGAUCAAAUGAAGGGAAAUACCAAUUUACUAAAUUCCAAUAACAAAAUUGAUACUUCAACAAAAAAUAACGAAAAAAUAACUUAUGACGCGGGUCAAGCUUUUGUAUUAGUAAAUGGUAAUACAAAUAAGGAUAAAAAUGUAGUGCCAGUAACUUUAGUAUUUCAAGCACAGCCUGUAACGCCAGCAAGUUAAGCUUUAUUCUUUAACAAAUUAUGUACUAGUUAAUAAUUCAAAAAGAUUAUUUCAGUAAAAUGAGACCUCAAAGCAUAUUUAUUUGUUUUAAAUUAAAUGAUGUAGAUUAAUAAGUAGGUUUACAUCUUCCAUCAGCUGUACGCUCGUAACCUGUUGCACAAGCACCUCUGAAAUUUUCUCUUCCAUCUGGCACCGUUCCAUUCGUUUUACUGUCUGAAUCACUUUUUACUGUCGUUACCGGAACUUGUGUAUUUGUAACAACAUUUGUGGCUGUAGUCUUGUCAGGUGCAUCUUCAUCAGUCUUGAAUACAAUCCUUGAUUCAUAUUGGUUGUUCCUUCUAUUUUUUGAUUGAAAAACACUUUUUAUAUCAUCUCCAAUUCUCUGCGCUGACUCUUGAAUUUUACCAAACAAAUCCACAACAACGUCCCCUUUUAUUUGAAGACUUAAAAUUGUAAUAACAUAGCAAAACAAAAUGAAAAUUGACAACUUCAUCUCGCCUUAAACGUCUCUAUCAUCUCACUGUUAUUUAGAUUAUAUUGUCAUAAAUUAGCUUCUUUCGAGAAUAUAAAUAGAUAACUUUAUGACCUUAAGCCAACAGAAUCUUCAGUAACUUGCGAUAAGUCUUGGGUUCUGCGAAUUGAUAAUAUACAUAUAUGUUACAUCAUUAAGAGGCAACCGCUUAAAUAUAUUUGUUUAGUCUAUGUUAUCUUUUUACAUGAUACUUAUUUCUUUACUAUUGUGUUCCCAUCUGUAAGAAAUAUAUUAUGUUAAUAUUAUCAAAUUAAAUUAAUUAAAAUACUUUUCACAUUAAGCAAUUUGUAAAGGUAGCGGUAUAAGAUAUACAUUCGAUAAAUAAUAGUGGAAGAAACAGCUAAAUACUUUCUUGUCUUGUUUUAAUAUUAAAGUAUUUUUUUGCAUUAGGUAUUAUGAUAAUAAAUCAAAAUUUAUUGUAACUGA